UGUCUCGGCGGCCCCGCCCCUUCCCCGCUCGGCCCCGCCCUCCCGCGAUGGCGGCGCUCUCGGCCGCGGCUCCGGCUCCCGCACGCGCUCCUCGGCGGCCGCCUCCUGCUCAGCCUCCGCAGCAGCGAGCCCUGAGGGAGGCCGAGGCGGAAGGCUAGGCCGCGCGGCCCACUUCCUGAGGGGGGCCUGAGGGAGCGGCGCGCGGCCAUGAAGGAGCCCGGCGGGGAAGGCGGUGAGGAGAAAGGCGGGGGCGAAGAGGUGGGCCCGGCCCCGGUCCCGGUCCCCGCCACCCCCCCGGAGGCGCCCCCGUUGCCGCAGACCGAAGGGAGCGGCAGCAGUGUUGGGACCAGGUCCUCCACCAGCCGGGAGCGCCUGAAGCGGACCCAGAAAAGCAUGAAGGCGGAGGGCUCUGAGGCAACCCCUUCCCAGCCCCAUUCACCUGAGAAGGAGGCGGUGGGAACAACCAUGUCCCCAGAGGUGAAGGUGAAGACGGAGCUCCCCGACGACUACGUCCAGGAGGUGGUCUGGCAGGAUGAUGGCAGCGGUGCCAAAGAGCCCAAGAAGGGCCUGAAGGACGGGACUGGAGAGGUGCCGGCAGAGAUCUGCGUAGUGAUCGGAGGGGUGCGCAAUCAGCAGACGCUCGGAUCUUAUGAGUGUGGCAUCUGUGGAAAGAAAUACAAGUAUUACAAUUGUUUUCAGACCCACGUUCGCGCACACAGAGACACGGAAGCCACGUCGGGCGAAGGAGCCUCCCAAGGCAACAACUUCCGUUACACCUGUGACAUCUGCGGGAAGAAGUACAAGUACUACAGCUGUUUCCAGGAGCACCGAGACCUGCAUGCCGUGGACGAUCCCUAUGACCAGGCCAUGAUCGCCAAGGAGGAGGUCAAGGAAGAGGAACCCGAGCCCUUUCAGAAGAUUGGUCCAAAGACGGGCAACUACACCUGCGAGUUCUGUGGCAAGCAGUACAAGUACUACACUCCAUACCAGGAGCACGUGGCCCUCCAUGCCCCCAUCAAGUACUCCCGAUCUCCACUCUUCGUGGCCGUGAAGACCCCCGGGAGCCAGUCGGGCAAAAAAACGCCAGCGGCCUCCAUAAUCCGGUGCUCCACUUUGCUCCACCGCUCUCCCUCCGGGGCCCCUCCGGCCUCCCAGCCCCAGAUGUUCCGCGCGCCCAAUUCUGGAUCCCCCGGAAGCAAGGCCACCACAGAGAGUGCUUUCAGCCGGAGAGUGGAAAACAAGAUGCAGAACAACUUUGAAGAAACCAACAGCAGCUCCCAAAACUCCAGCGAGCCAUACACCUGCGGGGCCUGCGGCAUCCAGUUCCAGUUCUACAACAACCUCCUGGAGCACAUGCAGUCCCACGCAGCCGACAACGAGAACAGCAUCACCUCAAACCAGCCCAGGUCUCCUCCAGCCGUGAUCGAGGAGAAGUGGAAGCCGCAGCCCCAGCGCAACAACACCAACAAUGUGUCUGGCGGGAGUUCCCUGGCCAACAGCUCCAUCCCUGAGAAGGAGCGGCAGAACAUUGCGGAGCGGCUGCUGCGGGUGAUGUGCGCCGACCUGGGGACGCUGAGCGUGGUGAGCGGGAAGGAGUUUGUGAAGCUGGCCCAGACACUGGUGGACAGUGGCUCCCGCUAUGGGGCCUUCUCGGUCACCGAGGCCCUGGGCAACUUCCACUCGCUGGCCCUUAAGCACUUGCCCCGGAUGUACAACCAGGUGAAGGUGAAGGUGACUUGCGCUCUGGGCAGCAACGCCUGCCUGGGCAUCGGGGUGACCUGCCACUCGCAGAGCGUGGGGCCUGACGCCUGCUACAUCCUGACGGCCUACCAGGCGGAGGGAAACAGCAUCCGGAGCUACGUCCUGGGCGUCAAGGGGGUGGACAUCCGGGAGAGCGGGGACCUGGUCCACCACUGGGCGCAGAACGUCCUCUCGGAGUUUGUGAUGCCCGAGAUCCGAACGGUCUAUGUCACGGACUGCAAGGCGGGCUCCCCGGCCUUCUCCAAGGCGGGCCUCUGCCUGCGCUGCUCAGCCUGCGCCCUCAACGCGGUGGUGCAGAGCGUGCUGAGCAAGCGGACGCUGCAGGCCCGCAGCAUGCACGAGGUCAUCGAGCUGCUCAACGUCUGCGAGGACCUGGCCGGCUCGGCCGGCAUCGCCAAGGAGACCUUUGGCUCGCUGGAGGAGACGGCGCCCCCGCCCUGCUGGAACUCGGUCACGGACUCCCUGCUCCUGGUGCACGAGCGCUACGAGCAGAUCUGCGAGUUCUACAGCCGGGCCAAGAGGAUGAGCCUCAUCCAGAACCUCAACAAGCACUUACUCAGCAACCUGGCUGCCAUCCUGGCCCCCGUCAAGCAGGCGGUCGUCGAGCUGAGCGGCGAGAGCCGGCCCACCCUGCAGCUGGUGCUGCCCACCUACGUCAAGCUGGAGAAGCUCUUCACCUCCAAGGCCAACGACGCCGGCAUCGUCAGCAAGCUCUGCCACCUCUUCCUGGAGGCCCUCAAGGAGAACUUCAAGGUCCACUCGGCUCACAAGGUGGCCAUGAUCCUGGACCCCCAGCAGAAGCUGCGCCCCGUCCCGCCCUACCAGCACGAGGAGAUCAUCGGCAAGGUUUGCGAGCUGAUCGGGGAGGUCAAGGAGUCCUGGGCCGAGGAGCCCGAGUUCGAACCCUCUGCCUCCAAGAAGCCACGGACCUCUGGCGGAGGAGGCGGAAGCGGCGGCAGUGGCGGUGGUGAGGGCUCCCCGCCGCAGGAGGAGGACCGUUCUGGGAAGAACGAAGUCUACGACUACCUGCAGGAGCCUCUCUUCCAGGCGCCCCCGGACCUCUUCCAGUACUGGUCCUGCGUGACCCAGAAGCACACCAAACUGGCCAAGCUGGCCUUCUGGCUCCUGGCCGUGCCGGCUGUGGGCGCCCGCAGCAACUGUGUAAAUAUGUGUGAACAGGCCCUCCUGAUCAAGCGGCGGCGACUCCUCAGCGCCGAGGAUAUGAACAAGCUCAUGUUCUUGAAGUCCAAUAUGCUUUAAGGCUCGGUGCGGGUUUUGGGGGGGGGGAGGGUUUGGGGGGGGGGGGCUUCUCGGGCCAAACACUGCUCCUCCAAAGCAAGAGCCCCGCUUCAGUUCUAAACACUGUGGACCUCAUUCUGAAUGCCCCGGGACACAAACCAAGAGAGAAGAAAGUGCUUUUUAUAGAUAUAUAGAUAUAUAUAUAUUAAUAUGUAUAUAAAAAGCUACCUUUGGAAGGAGUGCUGGCGCCUGGGAGAGGCUCGGCUCCUCCUGCCCGAGGAACACACUCCGUGGACUUGUUUUUGAGGGCAGACCCAUUGGAUGCUUCUACUCCGGCAUCUUCCGGCAGCUGAGUUUCUCAAUUGACUUGAAAGGUUGUUUUGUUAUUGUUCUCCUUGUUGAAAACCGGAAACCUCUCCCCCCUGUCUGUGUUCCACUCCCUCCGUCCCUUCCUCCCAAAGAAGGCCUUCCUGGGGCCUCCUCCUGCCAGGGACUGUGGGCCCGGCUCCCCUCGGCCCCGAUCCACACUGGACUUUGCUCCUGAGAGCAACCUGCGCCUGGGCCCUCGUAUCCUGGCCUUUGGACGCAGAGCGCUCUCCCUUUGCAGGCAGCUAGCUGCGUUUCAGACACAUCCACACCUCUUAGAAAUCGGGAACGGAGACUUGAAGGAUUUUUAAAGUUAAUUGCUUUUGAUUUUGUUGGGUUUGUUCCCUUCUCGGAAAGAGAAAAAAUUCAUUCUCUUCUUCUGAGUUACCUUUCUUUUUGCAGAAGAGGUGGUUGAUUUAGAGACCUGAAGUACCGUAUUUACUCGAGUCUCGCACACAAUCGAAUCUUAAUGCGCACCUCAGUUUUCAAAACCCUGAAACCAAAAAAGGGACUUGCUGCUGAAUUGUAGGCAGCAGCAAAAAGUGCAUUGUGUUGUCAAAGGCUUUCAUGGCCGGGAUCACAGGGUUGUUGUAUGUCUUUCGGGCUGUGUGGCCAUGUUCCAGAAGUAUUCUCUCCUGACGUUUCGCCCACAUCUAUGGCAGGCAUCCUCAGAGGUUGUGAGGUAUGGAUAAACUACGUAAGGAAAGGAAAGAAUAUAUAUCUGUGUAAAGUCCAGGGUGUGGCAAGUGUCCUUUGUCACUGGGAGCCAGCAUUAAUGUUUCAGUUAAUCACCCUAAUUAGCAUUGGAAAUGUUUUGUCCCUUGCCUGGGGGCAUCCUUUGUUCAGUCAAGCCCUCAGAAUGUUGGUUCCCAUCUAUUGUUUUGAUUUUGGAGUUUUGUAAUACUGGUUGCCAGAGUUUUGUUCAUUUUCAUGGUUUCCUCCUUUCUGUUGAAGUUGUCCACAUGCUUGUGGAUUUCAAUGGCUUCUCUGUGUCGUCUGACAUGAUAGUUGUUGGAAUGGUCCCGCAUUUUUGUGUUCUCAAAUAAUAUCCUGUGUCCAGGAGGAUGCCUGCCAUAGAUGUGGGCGAAACGUCAGGAGAGAAUACUUCUGGAACAUGGCCACACAGCCCGAAAGACAUACAACAACCCAAAAAGUGCAUUCUUUGUCAUUUUGCCAUGCUUAGAAUUCCUUCUUCAAAAACAAAAGAGAGAACCAAAGUUUUUCGCAACAGUAAAAGAAACCAUGGGGUGCCUCUGUGGUGCAGAAGGGAUCCACUCUGGCUGCCUUGGCUCAAUGCUAUGAGGCUGUAGUUUUACAAGGCCAAAGAAGGCUGAUGCCUCACCCAACUACAAAUCCCACAAUGAGCCGUGGUCAUUAAAUUACACGUGGCAUCCCUCGAAGAGGAGUUCCAGCUUCCUCUUGGCUUUGGCUUGGCACUUAGGUGACUGUAUGACGCGAAUCUCAUGCGCACCCUGUUUUCGGCCAGAAAGGGAGAGCAUUAGACUCGAGUAAAUAGGGUAAUUUAUUACAGCAAAGAAUGUCUAACUAAUCUGGGUUUUUCCGUAGGUUCUUCCUCCCCUCCUCCCCCCCCCUUUCCCUUGUCCGUCCGUCCUUCUGUUCUCUCGGCGCUCUGGGCCCCUCCAGCACAGGAGGGGUGGGCGCAGGAGCCUCCCCUGGAAGGAAAGCGCUCAGCCUCCUCAGAGCAUGUCUGUUGUGUCCCUGUGCCAUGUCCACAUUCAAAGCAAUAGCUGGCCUCUUCAAGCAGAAGGUAAGACAAAGCGGAGGCGGCCCAUCGAGGGUCUCCUGCCCAGUGGGGUCUCCCUGAACCGGGGCAGAGUGUUUGCCCAGGCAGCUUCUUACUCAAAGAUCUCAUCGUGGCCUCCUUGUGGCUUUUGUUUGUUGCCGGGGGGGGGGGGGGGGGGGGCUGGAAAACCUCAUGCUCAUCUCUGCACUGAGCAACUCGGAGUGUGGGCUUUCAUGGGAGGCGAGUGCUGGGAGGGCCGCCCCAUUCACACACUGGAACUGACAGGCCAAACUGGGGAGCGGGGACAGGGCAUUCCCUCAAACAGGAAACCAUGCUCUUGGGGGGACUGGCUUCUCCAGCAGACACCCCUUGCCCCGCAAAGGGGCUUUUCUGGGGGGCUGGGCCUAAAGGGAACCCCACAAGAGUGGGGAGAGGGUCCAACCCAUUCACCCAGUGGUGUGAGGCCCUUGAGAAGGUAGGCUGGGGCUCAAGGCAGAACAUUCAGAUGUUCAGAGAACAUGUUCAGAAGCAAGACGGUGCUCCAUCCAGAAAGCACCUUUCUCCCCACAGAGAGGUUUGGGAGAGAAUGUGAGCGCUCCACUCUCUGCCCCCAACCCAGAGUCAAAGGGAAAGGGCCUGCGCCCCCUCGGCAGCCUGGGGUGCCCUUUACGGCCCUAGCUGCCCCUGCGGGGGACCCUGAUGGGGUGGGCUUUCCCGAAUCCACCGAAGGCGGACCCAAUGAAGAGAAGAGCGUGGGGCAGCCCAGUGGCCCCCUCGCCUCCUACCCCCUUCCCCAGCCCCAUGGUCAUCACUGCCUUUGCAGGAGACUGGUUGACCAUUUGCAGGGAAAGGGCCCUUCGUGAGAAUGAGACCCGGAGCAGCCUCUCCCUCCUUCCCCGUGUGCAUGUCCUGUUUCUGUGGGGCGAGGUGAGGGGGCCUUGGAAGGAGACCCCACCCCUGUGCCCUCUCCCACCUGAGCCACCUGACCCCGUUCCCGGCAAUACCAAGGGCGCCUUCGCCAGCCCCCCCCCUCCCCGAGGGAGUUACAGAAAUCUAAAAGUCAUCUUAAAAAAAAAAUUACAGAAAAAAAAGUUUUAAAAAUAUAUACAAGAAUAUUUUUUAGGCCAGAGUUUUCUACAGGUAUUAAUGAAUAUUUUUCUUAAUCCUUAUAAGUUUUACUGUGUUUAAUAUUUCUUAAUACCGGUAGCAUUAAUUUAUACUUUUGUAGCGACACACUAUUUUUAUAAAAACGGCCGCCACUGGCUUGUCGUCGUGAUCGAGGAGGGAGGGGCGGUGGGCGGCAGCGGGCGCCGGCCCUCCUGCGCAUCCAUGUACUGUAUUUAAAAAGAGGAAAGUUAUCUACUGUCACGCUUGCUGUGUGUUAAUAAUAAACAAGGAACUCUUG